UGUCUCACUUAUUAGAUCACACUGAUGUUAUUUAUUUUCUGUUUAUAUCUCUCAUGCCAGAGUACCAUGUCUUCUCACGAUUUUUUAAUCAGUAACACCACAGUGCAACCUCCAUUAGCUGCUGUCCAUGAGGUAAUGCUAAUGUGUGGGAAACUCGACCUUAAUGACAUCAGGUCUGCUAGCGGUUCAGAUAAAACCGCCGCGGGAAAGCCAUAUAUAAAGAGGAUAACGUACUACUCGCCCUCACAUUCUACCCCAAGAAGGCGACCAUAUAAUUACCAAGAUAAAAUAAACAGAACAAAACGCUGAUGAUGAAGUGGCUCACGUUACUUGCCGUCGCCAUCUUGGCUGUAGGAUGCCACGGGUGCGAGAGCGGCUGGGAGGACAUCGGGGGCACGUGCUUCGGCCUCUUCACGGAGAGCAUGCCGUGGGCCGACGCCAGGACCUUCUGCCAAGGCCACGGUGGAGACCUGGCGAAGGUGGCCGACGCCGACAUGCUCAGGGCUCUGUACGAGUACAUCAUGACCUAUGGUCUGAGCGGGAGCUAUUGGCUGGGCGCGUCCGACCUGACCUUCGAGGGCGACUGGCUGUGGGUGCAGGACAACAGCAGGGUGGACCGCGGGACGCCCUUCUGGGCCAUCCACAGCGGACUCUUCGGCUGGGACCACGAGCCCAACGGCGGCGCGGAGGAGAACUGCCUCGUCCUGGAUGAGACGCGCAAAUAUUACUUCAACGACGCCAACUGCAACCUCGUGUUCCAUCCCGUCUGCAUGGUUUAACAUCCUCCUCUUCUUCUUCUCCUCGCCUUCUACCCACGCGUUCUUACAUCCACUGUGAUCGAAUGUAUUAUGCCUUAUCGACCAAACCUCUGACGAGCUUGGUCUUAUUUCUCUUACAUAUGUUGUUAACAUUUGUAAGUUCCAAAGUAUGUAUCUGAGAUUUUGACAGACGCCUUUAUGUUCUUGUAUCAUAAAGUUUGCUGUAGUGAAAAUGUACUUACGAGUUAAAUACAUUUGGCAACUGAUAUAAGA